ACACGCGCCUUUUACAGUCAUGAAGAACGGCCACAUGCACACCGCUAGCGCAAUAAACCCUAUAGAAGUCUCACCUGGGCUUCCUUCUGUCAAUAAGACGAGGCUAGGCAAUGACUAUGCUGAGACUUCUUCUCCGACGAUCAAAACGCAUGCCGAAAGAUCAAAAGACACCUGGAGUCAGGUCAAACGGAUCAGAAAGAAGGGCGAGGUUUUGAUUGAUGGAACGGAACUUGAUAUAGCCAGCGUAAUUGCUGUGGCGAAGUUCCACUGUGAUGUGUACAUCAUGAAGACAGAGGCACUUGAAAAGUCUAUGGAUGAUAGUGUCAAGCUUCUUGGGGAUUAUCUAGCUCAUGGCUAUAGUGUUUACGGGGUAAACACUGGAUUCGGCGGAAGUGCAGAUACUCGCACAUCAAACCUGCCAGCGCUCCAAUCUGCACUUCUCCAACUCACGCAAGCCGGUAUACUGAGCGAAACGGACACGAAUCCUCAUAAAGCCGGCUUUGGCGAAGAGACAGUGCGCAGUAUGUCUAUUCCGUGGGUUAGAGCAUCAAUGCUGAUCCGCUGCAACAAUGCAAUUCGUGGACAUUCUGGAGUACGUCUGGUACUGCUGGAGGCCAUUCUACAGUUGCUACGCUGCGGCAUUACUCCUAUAGUGCCACUUCGCGGCUCCAUCUCCGCGUCUGGGGACCUGAUGCCAUUGUCCUACAUCGCAGGCGUGCUUGAGGGAAAUCCCGAUAUCAUGGCUCACGCUCAUUCUGGCGGUAAGGUGAAGGUAGUAACUGCAUGUGAAGCGCUGCGCAUUGCGGGACUCGAAGCGUUCAUGCUGGGGCCAAAGGAGGGAUUGGGUCUUAUCAACGGUACAGCAACCAGCGCAGCAGUUGCGUGUUUCGCCUUGCACGACAGCAACAAGUUACUACUCUUGGCUCAAAUAUUGGUCGCGAUGAGCUGUGAGGCCCUGCUCGGAAAUUCUGAGAGUUAUCAUCCUUUCAUUGCAUCGGUCAGACCGCACCAGGGACAGAUUGAGUGCGCAAGCAACAUCCUUCGCUUUCUGAAAGACUCAAAAUUAGCAACAGCCUUGGAAGGACAAGAUAGAUUCAAACCCGGGUUGUUCCAAGACAGGUACGCGUUACGUGGAACACCGCAAUGGCUCGGGCCGCAAAUAGAAGAUCUGGUUAGGGUUGAAGACCAGUUGACGAUCGAGCUCAACUCUACAUCUGACAAUCCCCUCGUUGAUGUUCAAACCGGAGGUGUUUAUUCCGGCGCCAAUUUUAUCGCGUCAUCGGUAGCUUCUGGAAUGGAGAAAAACCGCCUAUCUCUGCAACUAACCGGACGGCUUCUAUUCAGCUUAUCCUCGGAGCUUAUCAAUCCUUCAAUGAAUCGUGGCCUGCCAGCAAACCUCGCAUCAGACGAUCCUAGUCUGUCGUUCACGAUGAAAGGCGUCGAUAUCAGCAUGGCAGCAUACCUAUCUGAGCUCACUUUCCUUGCCAAUCCGGUAACUCCACACGUUCAAUCUGCGGAGUCCCAUAAUCAGCAAAUCAAUUCCCUUGCUUUGAUUUCGGCGCGCUACACCUCCCAGGCUACGACUAUACUCGCCCAAAUGUGUGCUGCCCACCUUUAUGCUGUUUGUCAAGCCUUGGACUUACGUGCGCUGCACAUCAAUUUCCUGCGAAAACUACAUGCAGAAUUACUCUCGACCGCACAACUCAUGUUCCCUAGCUUUUCGAAGCGCCAUCAACAAGAUCUAUCAAGUGAGCUUUCUAAAAGCAUGGACGCAUCCUGGAACUGCAGCACAUCACUCGAUCUUGUCGAUCGCUGCCAUGCUCUUUCCGAGAGUAGUCUGCCAGUCUUGGUAAGCUACUGCCAAAAGCAUCAACUUUCUCUGGAUACGGUUGCACUUGCCCAGUACCAACAACGAACAUUUGAUCUUGCACGAUCAGUAUUCGUCCUAGAGAGACAGGAAUUCCUCGAGGAGCCGAACACCAUGUCAUACUUGGGAAACGCAUCUCGCAGGAUGUACAGUUUUGUGCGCGAGGAAUUACGUGUACCUUUCCAUGAGGGUCUUGUCGAGCACCCUGCGCUCAAACCAAUUGGAAAGCUGAGAGGUCGGCCUAAGAAGACAAUCGGUUCGUGGGUGUCCAUGAUAUUUGCAUCAAUUGUGGACGAUCGAGUAUGGGAAGCUAUAGCAGAUGUUGUGUGA